UUGCACGGGAAACUCUUGAGAUCAAUCGUCUCGAGAGUGUUUCAGUGAGAUGUUCGCUUAGUUCGUGGCAUUUUCAUUUUCAAAUAAGAAAGUUUUCUGCGUGUGCAUUUGAGAUAAAAUGGAAGAUAUCGGGAGAAUCGGUGUGGAAAGGUACUGCCCGUCGGAUUAUGUGCAGAAGAAUGGUGUGGAAAUGCUCUUGUCGAUUUUGUGGAGUUUAGCUAGGGUGACUUAUUAUUUCACGGUGGCAAUUGUAAGUCACAUUUUGGGCAUCUUUGUGGACACUUUAAACAUCUUUGCCAAAGACAACUCAUAUCCACUUGUUGGAAAAGUGGCGCUCGUAACUGGCGCUGGCAAUGGCUAUGGGCGAUCCCUCAGCAUCUUCUUGGCUGCCGAGGGAUGCAACGUCGCUGUGGUGGACAUUGACGGCGAAGCUGCAGAGGCUACAGCUGCCAAAUUGCGAUCCAUGGACGUGAAAUCUGUGGCCUAUAAGGUGGACGUAAGUGACAGUGGUCAGGUGGAGAAGUUACACGAAGUGGUGGUCAAUGAUCUGGGUGUUGUGGAUAUUUUAAUCAAUAAUGCAGCAAUUCUCCCUCUCAUGUCGUUUCGCGAAGGCACACCAAGUGAUGUUGAGAAAAUCAUCAAAGUUAAUCUAUUGGGACACUUUUGGACAACCAGAGAAUUCCUCAAGGAUAUGAUUAAACAGAAACGCGGACACAUUGUUGGUAUUUGCUCGGGAUUUGGCCUCUAUCCUGGCGGAAGAUCUGUGGCAUAUUCUGCAUCAAAGUACGGCGUGCGAGGGUUCAUGUCAAGUCUGUCUGAAGAGCUACUUUACAAUGGCCAGAAAGACUUCAUCAAGACCACUACAAUCUUUCCUGUUCUAAUGUCAACUCGUAAGGAAGUUUUUGAUCUGUAUGAGAAAUUGAAGAUAAGCGACAAAUUGGCAUGCUUAACACCCAACUAUGCUGCCCAAAUGACAGUGAAGGCAAUUAAAAGUGGCGCUGAAUUAAUGAGUCUGCCCAAGGGAUUUGUGACAUUAAUGACACUCGCUUCACUCCUUCCAACAUCAAUCAGAGAGAGGAUCGUGUUUGGAUUUAUGGAGGGAAAAGUUCCACAAAUUCACCCACACAAUUUUUGAACAGCCUUAACUUGAUUUCGAGAAUAAUAACCUGUUGGGGUGCUAUUUUAAUUAAUUAGAGGUUUUUUUGAACAGUCUUUAUAUACAUUUUAGUACUAAAAAAAUGUGAUAGGAUUCUCUAUGCAAUGUACAAAUAUAUGCAUUGUGCUCAAAAAGCUAAAGGUGAUAAAAGUGACUAAAGAGUCAAUUACUAUGCACAUUUCACAGAAGAAUAAUUCCUGCUAUUAUUUCUUGAGCAACAAUGUAUUUUGAUUAUAAGGUAAUCAUGAAUGGCAAUAAAAUAUUUAAUUUGUGUUAUUAUAUAACGGAAAGCGAUAGUCAGUGAUGAAGAAGAGGUUGAUAUUGCUGAUUAGAAAAUAAAAUUUUAUGACAAUCAA